AUGAGGGUUACGUCGGCGCUGCAUGCCGUUUCGGCGCUCUCGCUCGCUUCACAGGUCGCCGCUUCGUCCAACUCUACCUCGUCUGGCAACCAAGCUCUCCUAGCAGAUGGAAACGCACAACUGGGCAUCGCCGAGGAGGCCUAUGAAAAGGCCAAGGCCUACGUUGCGAAGCUCAACAUCACUGAGAAGGUCGCUAUCAUCACGGCACAGAGCGUGACGGGCGACAAUGCCUGGACGGCCCUGAACAACAAGGACGGUGUUUCGGGCAUCAACUUCCAGUUCUACGUCUCCGGCUUCAGCUUGGCCAACGCCCUGACAAUGACGUGGAACCGCGACCUAUUCUCGGAGCAGUUUAAAGCUCUUGGCGAUGAAUUCUACGGCAUGGGCUACAACCUGAUCAGCGGGCCCGUUUCCAGCCCGCUCGGCCGCGUGCCCCAGGGCGGACGCCUGGCCGAAGGGUUCUGCGUCGACCCCUACCUCAGCGGCAUCGCCAUGGGAAAAGCCGUGUCGGCCAUGAACUCGGCGGGAGUCAUCGCAGCUGGGCGGCAUUUUCUGCUGAACGAGCAAGAGACGCAUCGCCAAGGCUCGGGGGGCGGCAUGGGAGGCAGCUCGAGCAGCUCCAGCGAGCGGUAUUCGUCCAACGCCGACGACAAGACGGUGCACGAGCUGUACAUGUGGCCGUUCGCCGACGCCGUCAAGGCCGGCAUGAUGGGUGUCAUGUGCGCCAUGAACCGAGUCAACGACACCCUCGCGUGCGAGAACAACCACCUGCUCAGCGGCCUCCUCAAGACUGAGAUCGGCUUCCCAGGCCUCGUCUACCCGGACGUUGGCUCGCAACAGACGGCCUUCGGCUCUGCUAACGGGGGGCUCGACUACGGAUCCGAGUCUAUCUGGACCGAGGCCGUCAUCAAGGCCGGUAUCGCCAACGGCACGUUCACAGAGGCGCGCCUGGACGACAUGGUCGUGCGUAACGUGAUUGGCUACUACCACGUGGGGCUCGACGACGGGAAGCAGCCCUCCGAGGCGGGCGUCACAGAGUACCGCGACGUGCGCGGAAACCACGCUCAGCUCAUCCGUCGUGUUGCUGGUGAGUCGCUCGUGCUCCUCAAGAACAACAACUCGGGCGGCCGCGGUCUGCCGCUGGAGAAGCCGCGGACGGUUGCGCUGUUCGGCGCGCAUGCCGGACCCGCGACGGCCGGGCCAAACCAGGCGUUCAGUGUCCAGGGCGCGUCGAGCGACGUGUACCAGGGGCAUCUGGCGAGCGGCGGCGGUUCGGGACAGCUGUCAAUGCCGUGGCUUGUGACGCCCUUCCAGGCGCUGAGUGCGCGUGCUGUCGCGGAUGAUUCCAUGAUUUGGUGGAUCAUGAACAACACCUAUUCCUCUGAAAGCGGCAUGGGAGGUGGUAUGGGAGCCACUACUGGCAACAGCACUGGCGGAAGCAGCAUGGGAGGCAGUAUGGGAGGCAGCAUGGGGGGCAACAGCACAGGCGGUUCCGCCGGCGGCAAGGGAGGUGGAGGCGGAGGCGGAAUCGGCAACCUAGGCCAGGGCACCGCGACGACCCCCUCGUUCACAAAAUACGCCGCGAACGCGGAGGCCUGUCUGGUAUUCAUCAACUCCAACUCGGGCGAGGGCGCGGACCGCUCCUCGCUGCUCGACACGGACCAAGACACCAUGGUCAACACCGUAGCGAGCAACUGCAACAACACCAUCGUGGUUGUGAACACUGUCGGCCCCCGCGUCCUCGACGCUUGGGCCGACCACACCAACGUUACUGCUAUCGUCUACGGCGGUCUACUGGGCCAACACAGCGGUUCUGCUAUCGCAGACGUGCUUUACGGCGCCGUUAACCCCAGCGGCAAGCUGACGCACACCAUCGCACACAACGAAUCCGACUACCCCGUCUCCGUCUGCGAGACCGACGACUGCGAUUUCACCGAGGGCGUCUUCAUCGACUACCGCUGGUUCGACGCGCACAACACCUCGGUGCGGUACCCCUUCGGCCACGGGCUCAGUUACACGAGCUUCCAGUACGGCACCGUGACCGCCGCCGCCACGAACGCGACCGCGCUGUCCCAGAAAUACGCGCAGGGCCCGCUGGCCCUAGGCGGGCAGACGGACCUUUUUGACGAGGUCGUCAGCGUCAAGACUACCAUCCGUAACACUGGAAAGCGCGACGGCGCCGAGGUCGCGCAGCUCUAUGUCGAGUUCCCGGCCGCCGCCGCGCAGCCUCCGCGCGUGUUGAGGGGGUUCGAGAAGGUGCAGGUGCCGGCUGGUCAGAGCGCGGAUGUCGAGUUUAGUGUCCGCAGGCGCGAUGUGAGUUAUUGGGAUACAAAGGUGCAGAAGUGGGCGGUGGCACCCGGGACUUAUACGUUUGGGGUUGGGGCUAGCUCGAGGGAUGUUAGGGGGAGGGCGAGGUUGACUGUAAAAUAG